AUGGUCGACCUGUUCAGAAAGUACCGCCUUGGUGAUGCCAUCGCAGAAUUGCGGAAUUUCGAGACCCUUUUGAGCGCCGUCGGAACGAGGCACCAGAGUGUAUGGGAAUUGAAACGGUUCACUCGCUUGUCGUAUUCACAACCUCAUCGUAGUGUUACCGUGGAUUAUGGAUUCUACAACUGUCGAACACCACUGGAGCUAAGUGACCUCCGACAAGCAUAUACGGGCUUCUUCGCUCAGGGUGGGAAUGAAAUGGCCCUUCAUGAGGCCUGUAUCCAGGGUCAAUUGGCGCCAUUUCUUGAGUCGGAAUUAGGAGGGCUUCCCAUUUCGGCCGAGCUGGCGUCGAAUCCAUAUCCACUGCAGGGAUGUGAAUACGCGGGGAUGGUAUUUGAGAAUGUAUGUCUUGUCCCGCAGUCAACUUACGGAGAAGCAAAGAAGUGGCAGACGCAAAGAGAGAAAACUAUGACUAUGAUGGUUUAUCCUGAUGAGGUUGAUGAGGCGACCGGGCAAACAUUACUGGAGAGAUCGAAAUGCUUAGGACUGACGGUGAAGACCCAGACAACUAUGAUAAACAUGAAACUUGUGGAGAGCAUGUCUGGGAUGUGA